AUGUCUUUUCCACUGUCUCACCUCACGGCAGCGGCACUGACAGCCCCGCCCAGCAGGAGCCUAUGUGGCCGCUGCCAGCCCACUUCUUCUGUGGCCAUUUGUUACCACUUGCACGCGGCGCCUCUGGGCUCCAUUUCACCAUCAGAGACCUUCGGAAAGGCCUCUGACAAUGAAAUGGAGGCCACAUGUCAAUCCGGAGCUCGCUUCUCGGCUGCAGAGGCCUUUCCACAAACGGCAGCAAGCGGCCACAGAAGAAGUGGGCCGGCAAGGCAAGUGUCGGCGUGUGGGAGGCCUGGCUGCAGCAGCGAGGAAGGGGUGAAGCCGAGAGACCGAAGAGGACAACGGGAAAAGAGGCUGGUGAGUUUCGGGCAGGUUGAGAUGCGCAGAGUUGGAGAACGAAGAGCAGGAAAGACACCAGCGGCCCAGAAGGUUGCAAGCGAGUCCAUGCCUUGUGGUUUUUCUGGUUUUGAUCUGCGUGUGCUCUUGUCAUUCGACAGGGAGUUGCAGCCGGGCGUGAGAUCAGUCCAGGUUGUCCUCAGAAUCUGCUACACAGAUACCAGCUGCCCUCAGGAAGAUCAAUAUCCCCCGAAUAUCGCCGUCAAAGUCAACCACAGUUAUUGUUCGGUUCCGGGCUACUACCCUUCCAACAAGCCCGGGGUCGAGCCGAAGAGGCCUUGUCGUCCCAUCAACCUCACUCAUCUCAUGUACCUGUCUUCCGCCACUAACCGCAUCACCAUCAUCUGGGGAAACUACGGGAAGAGUUACUCUGUGGGCCUCUUCCUGGUGCGACAGACAACGUCGUCAGAAUUGUUGCAGCGAUUAAAAACCAUCGGCAUUAAACACCCAGAACUUUGCAAGGCCCUCGUCAAAGAGAAGUUGCGGCUGGAUCCAGAGAGUGAGAUUGCCACCACUGGCGUCCGAGUAUCUUUAAUAUGCCCGCUGGUAAAGAUGCGCCUGUCGGUACCGUGUCGGGCGGAAACGUGUGCCCACCUGCAGUGCUUCGAUGCAGUUUUCUACCUGCAGAUGAACGAGAAGAAACCCACGUGGAUGUGUCCGGUGUGUGACAAACCAGCCACGUAUGAUCAACUGAUGAUCGAUGGGCUCCUAUCGAAGAUCUUAAAGGAAUGUGAAGACGCAGACGAGAUAGAGUACUUGGUGGAUGGCUCCUGGCGCCCGAUCAAAGCCGAGAAGGAAAGGAGCUACAGCCCUCAGUGUCCGAUACUCGUCGUGGGCGGAUCCACAGGGGGCACGUCGGAUGUCAACGGGGUGCCCCCUCCCGCCCCCAGCAUGGAGAACGGUAAGAUCCCAGCCGACGUGGUCGAUUUGACACUGGACAGCUCGUCCUCGGAAGACGAGGAAGAGGAGGAGGAGGAAGACGACAACGGUGGCGGGCCCAAGAGGAAAGUCCCCCGCCUGUAUAAGAACGGCCUCGCCUCCGCCUGCUGACCGCCGGCGGCACCGGGUCACUUCCACGUGGGAAAGCUUGAAAUCCUCGGUGCUUACUCAGAUUAAACGGGACGGGGCGGGGUAUCUUAUCCCCCCACCCACCCACCCAAUCUUUCACCUUCUCCUCCUCCAAAGCAUCCUUGGACUUCCCGAGAUUAUUCCAAGUUUAAAAAAAAACCAUGACUUUGUUUUUAUCGGAAAGAAACAGACCCAUCUGGAUGAGCGCUGAUGCAUGGCUGAAAGACACCCCCUCCCCUCUCCGACCACCAUCACCUCGCAACCUAACGCCUCGUCGUCUCUCCGCCUUCGGUUCAGCUUUUGAACCGCCUUUGGACGUGACCGGGAGUGGCGGAGUGGGGUGGGGUGGGGGGCACGCCUGUCCUGCACGCAACCCUUUGGGAAUGGCCACCGACUCUCUCUCUCUUCUUCCCGAGCGUCCGUUGUCGUUCUCCCCAACGCCCCUUGCUUUCUGGUUAAACCUGGCCGGUGAGAACUGAUUCCGCUACCGGUCAGUUGCCAGGACUUUUCACGGGUGUCCAAAGUCACGUUUAUGUCUUUUUCUUCUUUUUUUUUCCUUCUUCUUUAUGUUCCAUCAGCCUUGUUCAAUAACCAUUCCUGACUCUCUUUCUCUCUCUCUUUUUGCUCUCUCUUUCUCUCUCCCCCCCCGGCCCCCCCCCCCCCUCAAAAAUACCCCCACCCCACCGGACCGGGUGGAAGGGUGUUACUUCUUCUCAUCCUUAAGUCAGCUGGAAAGGUUUAUAAAACCCAGCGAGAGAGAUCCAGGUUUUUCUGAUACCCGUCGGGAUGGAAGGUAACGGGGCUGGUGGGAACUGAAAGGAGACGGAAGGUUGGGAAGGGGAGAAAACCCCACCACGGACGUUUCCGCACCGAAUCGUCUCGGCGGGUCUCCCUUUUUCCCGGAGAGAACCUCAUGUAAAGAAAGAAA